GACCAUGGAGGAGUUGGAGCAACCCUGGAGGCCAACGUUGCCUUUGUGCGACAAGGCCAUUGAUCUGAAAGCGGCCAAUAAGAUCCUAUCCAGUGCACAGACGCGGGAGAAAUGUUUGAAGAUCUUCCAGUACGCUUCCCGAUUGGUGGCGUAUGUUUUGCUACGUGGCAGCUUGAAGGAUUUAGGCAAACACUUUGAGGCGCUCUCAAAGAACCUGUCCACAGCGCGGCGUUUCUUCAAACUUUUUAGGUUCAUGAAGCAUUUUGAGGACCUUGCCGAUGCCAAGGAGGAAAAGGACCCCACCUUCCAGAAGUUGUUAUACCUGGACGUGGCGGCCAAUGUGGUUGCAGAUAUUUCGGAGGAUUGGACCUCCCUGGAGAAAGUUGGCUUCUUGCGCAAGGGCACACUGCAUCCGCGCACGGAGUACUAUGCCAACUGGUGCCAGUUGGUUUUGGCAGUUGUGGAGAUUAUCGUCACCAAGAUCAAGGCGGACCGUGCCAUGGAGAAAGCUUCCAAGCCAGACGCGUCCAAAGAAGUUCUGCGGAAAAGAACCAUGGCUCAACUUGAAUUCAGCAAGUUCCUGGCGGAUUUGGUGAAGGCAUUUUGGGAUUGCGAACUCAGCUUUGCAUCUGAACUGGCCUUUAUCCUCUCGGGCCUCUGGGCAGCUUUGGUCAGCACCCACAAGUAUGCCAUCCGAGUUCUGAAGUAGCUGUCCGGAUGUAGCUCAUCGCCAAAGAAAAAGAA